UGUGGAGUUGAAUAGCCACGCCAUGUCUCGACGCGCGGAGUCCGCGGACGCGGAGGCUGUAGAGCCUCUCCUCCCCGGCGGACUGGACCGGGACUCGCAUGAAGGUGAAAUCAUCUUUGAUAGGAGCAGAGCAAACCUGUCACAUGAAGACAAUGGAAGUACACAAAGAAGAUUAACAUAUGAGGAAGCAGUUGAGGAAGCAGGGUUUGGCUUGUUCCACAGGCUCCUGUUAGUGGCAUGUGGUUGGGCCAACGCCAGCGAUGCCGUGGAAAUUCUGUGUGUGUCGUUCCUCCUUCCCACGGCACGCUGUGACCUCCUGCUCAGCUCCUCAGACAUGGGCCUCCUCACUGCCAGCAUCUUUCUCGGCAUGAUGGUGGGUGGCUACCUGUGGGGUUACCUGGCUGACCAGAGGGGGCGCCGACAAGUCCUGGUGAUGUCUCUGACUGUGAACGGUGUGUUUGGAGGUCUGGCCAGCGUGGCUCCGUGGUUUUGGCUCUUCCUGUUGCUUCGUUUCAUCAGCGGAGUAGGGGUUGGCGGCUCCAUUCCUGUCAUAUUCUCCUACUUCUCAGAGUUCCUCCCCCGUCUGAGGAGAGGUGCGAUGAUCAGCGCUCUGGCCACCUUCUGGAUGGGAGGAAACAUCUUGGCAGCAGGCCUGGCCUGGUUGGUGAUUCCCAGGACCUGGGCACUGGGAGGCCUGACCUUGCAAAGCUGGAGGGUAUUUGUGGCUCUGUGCUCCAUUCCAAGCCUCACCUCGGCACUCCUGUUCAGGCUGCUCCUCCCGGAGAGCCCCAAGUUCCUCAUGGAGGCUGGCCGGGAGGCGGAGGCCCUUCAUGUUUUCCGUCUGAUGUUUGAGCUGAACCAGCGAGACAAGAACAGACGCUUUCCUGUAUUCAGCUUGUGUACUGGUUCCAUGCCAGGAAGAGAGUCUUGGGUGAACCAGAGUUGGACGUCCUGUUGGCAGCGUACCAGCAGCCUUUGUAAAGCGGGUCUGGCGCCAGUCCGACAGAUGUUCACCAGCCCGCUCAGAACGCGGAGCGUCGCUCUUCUCGUCGUCUUCUACUGCAUUUCCUUUGGGUACUAUGGUCUGUGGAUGUGGUUUCCAGAGCUGUUUAACAGAGUAGAGGAUGGAGGCGCUCCCUGUUCCAACGUCUCCCUCUCCCUCCCCGUCCACAACAACAGCUGCAACCCAGUGAAGACAGCAGUUUACAUGGAGGGUUUUGUCGUCGCGGCCUCCAACCUGCCAGGCAACAUCUUCACCAUCCUCCUCAUGGACAGCAUUGGAGGAAGAACACUGCUUUGCUGCAGUCUGGUGGUGUCCGGCAUUAGCGUCUUCUUCAUCUACAUGGUUCAGUCCAAAGCCCAGAGCCUGCUGCUCUUCUGUGUUUUCGGCAGCAUCUCUGUGAUCGCCUGGAAUGCUCUGGACGUGGUGGGAACAGAGCUUUACCCGACCCAUCUGAGGUCCUCUGCUCUCGGCUUCUUCACAGGAGUGGGCCGAGUGGCAGCCAUCAUGGGAAAUGUCGUUUUUGGCAGGUUGGUGGACACUGAGUGUGCCGUUCCCAUCCUGCUGGUGUCGGCUCUGCUGCUGAUCGGAGGCCUAGCGGCUCGCCUCCUCCCUCAGACCCGGCAGACAGAGCUCACCUGACCCUUCACACGCACCACGUCUGCUCGCCAUCAUGGCUUCCCACUGGACUCCAGUGCAGGAUAGUUGUGCCUUUAAAGCGUUGGGCUGUUGCGUCUCCUGGCGCUGAGCCGGGUUCACUGGAUUAUCUCUACAAAAUGCCAAACUAAAGAGAGACAGACUUACUAAUGGACUGUGUGGGCUUUCCACUCGCCAAGAAUCCCCACUUAUUUUCAUGACCAUUAUCAAAACGCCGUGAAGUUCAUCAGGAAAGUGAGUAAA